UUUUGAAUCAAAAUGGCUACGUCCGUAUCCAAAGGACAGAUUCCUUUCCGUGCCAAAGGUCAAACUACAUGUAUCCACCAUCAGAACAUGCAACUGGACCGUUACUGUGAAAAAUGCCAAGCACCAGCUUGUACUAGGUGUCUAUCUACUGUACAUAGGGGUCAUACAGCGUGCGAACUUAGUAGUAUUAUUCGCCCCAAAAGAGAAGACAUUCAAAACUUCAUAGACAAAUCUGAGAAUAUUGACCUUGUAGAAAUUAACCAGUAUAUCACCUCUUCUGACACACAAAUUAAGGAUAAUGUUAGCCAUUUUGAAAAACUUUCAAUCAAGUUGAGGACACAAACAAACAAAAUAAAAGGAGAUCUUGACCUGCUAACAGCUCGGACUAUGUCUGUCUUUGAACAAAUGGAGGAAGAUAACACCAAGUUACUACAAACCUACAAGCAGGCCCUCCAAAUGUACAGUACUCAGCUCAAACAACAAGUGAAAGAAUGUAAGAUAGCACUUCAGCGGGGCUCCAAAUUACAAAUCUGCAACAAAAGAAGUGAGAUUCAAUCUUCUGUCACUCUCCCCGUAAAACCUACCCUAGGUACUGCUAGUUUCACUCCCAGGCAAAAUCCGCAGGGUCAAUUGAAACAAGCUUUAGGAGAAGUUAACACCUCGGGCCAAGGUCAGGGAUUAAAGGUCAAGGUAUCAAAUACACAACAAAAAUCCACAGGAAGAAAGGACGUGUCCAGUCCAUUAUAUACCCGGUUGCCUCAGACCAAGGUGUUGUGUGAGUGGGAGUCUCCAUGUUUUAUAUCUUCUGUAUGUCCAACAACUGACGGGCCGGUGUGGACUAGUGAUGGUAACACCCUAACUCAACUGAACAGGAAGGGCGAAGUACAGGAGGUUUAUCCCAAUGCUUUGGUCAGAGACAUAAGUCUGUCACCAACAACCAACACACUGUGGAUCUGUGCCUGGAAAAACAACACCAAGGAGCUCGUGUUAGGUCGACCAGUAAAUAGAUUCAGUACCAUGGAGUCACCACAGCCAGUAACCAUGUUAUUGUGGGUAUGGCCAAACACAUCUCAAAAUUCUCCACAAAAGGUGUAUUGGUGCAUGAUUCAUUAGCUGAAGGGGCUGGAAUGCCAUUAGUAUGUACACCACACAGUUUAUCAGAGUGUUCUCUUACCCACAAUGUCGCAGUGACUAACCGGGAUAGUAUACAUGAUGAUGGUGAAGGGAAACCAUAUGUUGUUGUCAUGGACACAAAUUUCAAGAAACUGUUUGUAUAUGAUGGUGGAGUCCCACAUACACGUCACCCAACAUCACAGUCAGGUUGUGCACCAUUUAACCCCGGGGUGUGGUGUAUGAUAGUGUGGGUAACCUAGUCAUAGGGGACCGUAACAACAAACGUGUCCUACUCAUCAGUGGGUGUGGUGAGUUCAUCAGAAUCAUACACAUUGACAAUUUCAGAACGGUGGCUGUUUGUGUAGACAGGGAUGAUGUUCUAUGGGCUGUGUUUGGGCGUAACAAUGUCAAACUAAUAGAGUACGACAGUGCGCUGGACAAACAACAAUGCAUUAUCUCGUAACCAUGAAACGUGAACUACAUGUUGGGAUAAUACAAAGAUGACGUGAACUUCAACCCCGGACAUAUUUCAUAGACCUGCAAUUCUACAGACAUUAUAUAUCACAUAUAAUGGAAAUUGUUAAAAUUUAAAGAAUCAAUCCAGAUAAUGGAAAUUCAAAAACAAUCUCAUCAAAAUUAUAAACAAAUGAUGUUUGACAAUAGUAUUGAAGUAAAUUGGAAAAAAUACUCAACAUUAGACAUGUUCACAAGUAAUUGUUUGUCUUAGCUAAAAUAUAUACGAAAAUAA